AGGUAGUCCAACAAUUAGAAAUUAUGCCGGUGACGUAUAAUUCGCGUAAUCCUGGUUAGUGCACCUUUUCCAUGUAUUACUUUGUAUGUUAUUAGCUGUCAAACGGUUGAUGAAGGAGGCACAGGAGCUGGCAGAGCCAACCGAGUUAUACUUCGCCCAGCCACUUGAAGAUAAUCUCUUUGAGUGGCAUUUUACCAUAAGAGGUCCAGAAGACUCUGAAUUCCAGGGAGGAAUAUACCAUGGGAGAAUCUUAUUGCCUUCAGAAUACCCAAUGAAGCCUCCAAACAUUGUGAUACUAACUCCUAAUGGACGUUUUGAAACACAUCGAAAGAUAUGCUUAAGUAUAUCAGGAUAUCAUCCAGAAUCAUGGAGACCAUCAUGGUCUAUUCGUACUGCACUAUUGGCAAUUAUUGGAUUUAUGCCUACUCAUGGAGUAGGUGCAAUAGGUUCACUUAAUCAACCAAAAGAAGAACGCCAAAUGUUAGCUCAAGUAUCACAAAGUUAUGUUUGUAGUAUAUGUGGAUCGAUUAAAAAUCUACUCCUACCAUUAACAACUGCUUCUUCGUCAAUGAAUAAAGAGGCUAGUGAAGCUGCAGCUCAGAUAUCUAUGAUGAGUGAAGAAGAGAUUGCUGAUAAAAAAGCAUUGGAAAAUGGGACAUCAAUUCAGUCGAAUGUACCACCUGUAAAUUUGAAUACACCGUCAAAAAUACCGACUACUACUACUACUGGUUUGCCUUCAUCGACAACUCCCUCUGCAUCUUCUGUCAAUCAAGGGAAUACUGUUAACCCUUCAGGAUAUGUAAAUCCCUUUCUAUGGCCAGGAUUUUCACCGUAUAAUAUAUAUCCUUCUAAGACUACUGAUACAACACCUCAAAUUGCCUAUUGGUUAUGUUUUCCUGUUUAUUAUCCUUUACCAAUUUCUAUGAAUUCAAAUCUACUGACAACUAAUACAACUUCCACAAGUCAAACGUCAUCAUCAUCAUCAUCCACAACAACAACUGAAGAACGUGUACCACUUAGUUUCAGUGAAUGGUUAAAACAAAUCAGAGAAAAGGAGAAGAAAACUGAAAAUAUAUCUACUAUGAAUACAGUAUCUGGUGUAGAAUUAUCUCAACCACAAGAAGUGAGUUAUAAGUCAGAACACUAUCAUAAUCAUCAUAGUUCUUAUAGUAUUGUUGAUACAUAUGAAAGUAAUGUGAAAAACCAUGAAAAAACAAUUUCUGAAGUAUUCUCUACACAAAAAACUGAAACACUGACCCUUUCAGCUGAUAAUUGUACUGUUCAAUGUAUUCCAAGUUUACCACAUACUACUACUACUAGUAGUAGUAGUAGUAGUAGUACUGAUCACCUUCAAGAUAUUCAUAAAAAUGAUUCAAUCAACUCACAAAUAGAAGGGAAUUUACCAAUUUCAAAUGAUAUAGAAAUUAUUUCAUCUAAUUCAUCUAUACUACUAACAAAUAACAAAUUAUUAUCUCAUCAAAAGGAUAUAAUUAAAACUGAAGAUGUAAAUAUUGAUAUUCCAGUGCAAAAGAAUGAAACUCUCUUAGAAUUAAAAUAUGAUGAUAAAGUAGUAUGCGCUGAAGGUGGCGGUGUCAGCGAUAGCAUUAUCACCGUUGACGAUAAUACCACUGAAACACUUGAUAUGAAUAUUGAUAUAUCUCAACUAGAAGAGAUAUCUGAUAAUCUAGAUAAUAGAAAAAGAUAUACUACUCAUAAUGAUGCUACUAUAAAAUCUAUUAGUAGUAUGAAUGAAUCACUUGAAAUAAUUGAUAAUUGUAGAAAAUAUCAUGAAUAUGAUACAAUAACAAAGUUGAAACUGAAUAAAAAUGAAACAAGUAAAGUAUUUGUUAAAGAUAUAGACAGUGAUAAUGGUGAAUUAUCCAAUAGAAAUGAUUUAUUUUCUAAUAGUCUGAAUAAUAAUCGUCCAGUUAACCUGAAUAAUGAAUACACUUCAAUAAUUUAUUCAAUGAACAGAAGGAGAACGUCUAUUAUUCCAUAUAAUACUGUUAUUAUUUGUGCUAUUGGUGUAGCGAUUGCUUUAUUUCUAAUUGUUGUACGUCGAUUAGUACUGAUGUUACAUGACACUUAA